ACCUUCAUAUAUCCUUGAACACACCCAACCGAUGCAGGCUGGGCUGCCCGCGAGCGUUUCCGUACACGGUUCGUCUCUGUCCCAAAAGCUCGGGUGGCUAUCUAGCCGUACGCUCUACCCGCGCGUGCUGCUCAUCCUUGUCCUACGCCUCCUCCCCUGCACCCUCAUCGUACCCUUCGUCGCCUAUCUUCUCGCCGUCUUCUUCUUCGCCCCGAUCGACCUCCGCCUCUUCCCAGGCCUGUCUGACCGCUGUGUCCUGAGUGCUUUCUGUCGCAGACCGUAGACGAUGAGAUCCUGAGACCCUGAGACUGUGUCU